AUGAAAGACGUCACCAAAGACGGCAAUAUUGAAAUGGCAGCACAACCAGAAACUGAGCAUCCUAAGAAGGCAUUCGGAUGGGCAGCUCGGCCCCCUUCUGGCCUUCUCUCACCUUUCAAUUUCUCCAGAAGACAUGAGAUAGCUGGUGUAGUGACAGAGGUGGGAAGUAAAGUGAAAAGGUUCAGGGUUGGUGACAAGGUGGGUGUAGGAUGCAUGGUUGAUUCCUGUCGCACCUGCAAAAGUUGUGUUGACAAUCUUGAGAAUUAUUGUCCACAAUAUACACUCACAUAUGGUGCCAAGUAUAGAGAUGACACCAUCACAUAUGGAGGCUACUCUGACUCAAUGGUUGUGGAUGAGCAUUUUGUGAUUCACAUUCCUGAUGGCUUUUACCAUUUGAUGCUGCUGCUCCUCACCUUGUGCUGGGAUCACAGCCAUAUGGCUGUGAAGUUUGCCAAAGCUUUUGGCGCUAAGGUCACAGUAAUAAGUACAUCACCUAACAAAAAGGAGGAAGCAAUACAACAUCUUGGAGCUGACUCUUUUCUGAGAAGCCGUGACCAGCAUCAGAUACGAACGCUGCGAAGGAUUGAAAUGGCAUCACAGGGUGAAGUGGAGCAUCCCAGAAAAGCAUUCGGAUGGGCAGCCAGGGACCCUUCUGGCCAUCUCUCACCUUUCAACUUCUCCAGAAGGGAAACUGGUGAAAAAGAUGUGGCAUUCAAAGUGUUGUACUGUGGAAUAUGUCACUCUGACCUCCACAUGAUAAAGAACGAAUGGUUCUUUUCUACCUAUCCACUUGUCCCCGGGCAUGAGAUAGUUGGUGUAGUGACAGAGGUGGGAGGCAAAGUAGAAAAGUUCAAAAUUGGGGACAAGGUGGGUGUGGGAUGCUUGGUUGAUUCCUGCCGCACAUGCCAAAACUGUUCUGACAAUCUUGAGAGUUAUUGUCCACAAUAUACUCUCACAUAUGGUGCCAGAUAUAGAGAUGGUACCAUCACAUAUGGAGGUUACUCUGAUUCAAUGGUUGCAGACGAACACUUUGUGGUUCGAAUUCCUGAAGGCUUACCCCUUGAUGCUGCUGCGCCACUCCUUUGUGCUGGGAUCACAGUGUAUAGCCCUCUCAGAUAUUUUGCACUAGACAAGCCUGGUGUGCAUGUGGGUGUGGUUGGUCUCGGUGGACUAGGCCAUAUGGCUGUGAAGUUUGCCAAAGCUUUUGGGGCUAAGGUCACAGUAAUAAGUACAUCACCCCACAAAAAGGAAGAAGCAAUUAAACAUCUUGGAGCUGACUCCUUUAUCAUAAGCCGUGACGAAGAUCAGAUGCAGGCUGCUAGGGGUAGUUUGGAUGGCAUUAUUGACACAGUUUUUGCCGCUCAUCCUCUCUUACCUCUCAUUGAUUUGCUCAAGUCUCAUGGAAAGCUUGUAAUGGUCGGUGCACCGGUGAAGCCUCUGGAGCUGCUAAUCUUUCCUUUGCUUAUUGGGAGAAAGAUAGUAGCUGGGAGUAACAUUGGAGGUCUAAAGGAGACCCAAGAGAUGAUUGACUUUGCUGCGGAACACAAUGUAAAACCUGACAUUGAGGUCAUUCCUAUUGAUUAUAUCAACACUGCAAUGGAGCGUCUCCUCAAAGCAGAUGUGAAAUAUAGAUUUGUGAUUGACAUUGGAAACACACUAAAACCAAGCUUUUGA